AACACAUAUCUCAAAACCGUUUGGGCUGGGGUAAUUAUGCCAAAAAACAAUCUCAAGAUUUCAAAGGGGGAAAAAAAAGUCCUUUUGGAGAGCAAUAAUUGAUCAUGGAAGUUGAAAUAGUGCAUGCCAUACUGCUUCAUCUGGAAAAUGGUAUACAAUCAAUAUUUUUUUUUACCAAAGGAAAUAAAUAUUUGCUAAGUUUAAAUUUACAUUUUUCUGAGAGAUUACAGCAUAAUGAAAAUUUCAGAGCUACUGUUUAAAUGGAAGAAAUAAAUGGAACAAAGUCAACUAUGUGCAGUAAUUUUAUGGAAUCAAUGCAAAUGUGAUCCUAGAACUUUGAUCCCAGAACAAAGUAACAGCAACUUCAUCUAUGAUUAUAGCCCCUUAGUUGAUGGCUGUUUGUUUAUUGGACAUGGUCUAUGUAAUAAUGCUUCCUGCCUCUCAGCACUACUACCUACAUACAGUUGUGGUUUGGUCAGUCACCACAACCCGUGCAGAACACUUUUAUUCUAUUCUGCAUUGCCCCAGGGCUUGCACUGUCUUGGAAGAGAAGGCCAGUGUCCUGGAUGUGAAUUUCUGACAGAAAUAGUAACCAGAUUACAGAUCCUGAACAACUGACCUUACUUACCUUUAUCAAUUUAAGACAUUAGUCAAGUGUGCUAUUAAUAGUUUUCUAAGUCUGCCAUAACAAAGUACCACAAACUGGGUGGCCUAAAAGAACAGAAAUGUAUUCUUUCACAGUUCUGGAGGCUAGCAGUCUGACACUGAGGUGUUGGCAGGGCAUGCUUCUUAAGACUCUAAGGAAGAACCCUUCCUUGUCUCUUCCUAGCCGCUGGUGGCUCUUCGCAAUCCUUGGGAUUUUCUUGAAUUGUAGCUGUAUCACUCCAAUCUCUGCCUCCAUUGUCAUGUGGCCCUUUUCCCUCUAUGUGUCUGUGUGUCUUCUCUUCUUUUAAGGACACAAGUCAUUGUAUUUAGAGCCCACUAUAAUCUAGUAUGACCUCAUCUUAACUGAUUAUAUCUGCGAAGAUCCUAUUUCCAAAUAAGGUUACAUUCUGAAGUUCUAGGUAGACAUGAAUUUUGGAGGGACAUAAUUCAACCUACUACACCAAGCAAUGGAAGUACACUAGAAAAAUGGCAUGUAGUUUUUUUUAUGUUUUAGGCUUUAAAUUAUAGAUCCUAAAGAUUACUCAGUGAUUUUUCGGUGAAUAUGAUACUUACUCUAGUGUUAGGGUAAUCAAUGAAAAAUAGCAUGUUUUAAAAUGUUAAAUGUAAAACUUGAACUCUAUAUUUCUCAUAAGACUUCUCACUUGUUUAAUUAAUGUCGAUUCAUGGGGAUGAUUGCCCUUACUAUGCCUAAGUAAUCUACAUAUAUUUGAAGUCAGAUUAUGAAGGAUUUUAUACACUAAAUUAAGGGUUUGGAUUUGAUUCUGUGAAAAACGACGAAUCAGUGGAGAUUCAUUACUUUUAAAUGAUAGUUCAGGUAAUAGUGUAGAAGAUUAAAAAACUCAGAAAAAAGCUAUUGAAACAGCACAGGUGAGAUGAUUGUGGUUUAGACUACAUUGAUGGAGAUGGAGAAAUGAAAUUGUAUUGAGAAACAUCCCUGAUGAUUUAGUAAUUGAUUAGAUGAUGAAGAUAGCUAAUAUUAAGCAUUUUCUAUGUGCCAGGCACCAAUCUAAACACUUUUUAUGUAUUAAUUUGUUUAAUUCUUGCAAUUCUCCUAUAAAUCAGUACUAUUAAAAUUUUUAUUUCAGGUGAUGAAACUGAGGCACAAAUACUUGCCAAAGAUCACAUAGCUAGUAAUUGGAGGAGGCAGGAUUUGAACCAACAGAAUCUGGUAAGGGAAAGGAAAGAGUUGGGGAUGAAUCUUAAGGUUAGGAGACUAGGUAGAUGGUUGUAUCAUUAGCCAGAAUUGAGAAUACAGUGCAGAAUCGGGGAGAGUUGACCUGAAGGUCAUGGGUCAACAGAUUUAGUUUGGGAUAUAGUAUUAAGUUUGAAGAGCUGCUCGUGGGAAGUAAGACAGGUGAUAGUAAGUACUAAAAAUAAUAUUUGAUGUUAAUUAAUUUUUAGAUUAAUUUCCUUAAUAAAGAUAAUGUCAUUUUAAAUGUAUACAUUAUGCAGCUAUGGUAAAACAUGAAGAAUUGGUGACGCUGGCUACUAGUCUUGGAAAGCAAGAGUGCUUUAACAGGGUGCAAUUCCUUGUGAUAACGUAUUCUCAUAUCAUCCCUACAUUAAGUUAGGUAGGCAAAUAACUAUCUUACCUGGAACUUUGUGAAUGUUUUGGUCAGUCAGAGAAAGUAGAGGAAUUCCUAAGUUUGUACCCAGCUAGUCAUUAGUGAAUUUACUUCAUUACAAACUCUCUUUAUAUUCUCACUCUUUGAUCCAUGCAUCCCACCAAAAACACCCCUGUGUUGCUCUAACCACGGGGAAUUCUAGAUUCUAGUUCAAACUGGGCAGUUUAUGGGAACUGCUUUUGUUGAAAUGAUUAAAUAAAGAAAUGCCUGUGAAUUAUCCUUCCGAAGCACUGCCUGUUUUCUGUGUCAUUUUGGUCUCAUUAAUCAGUGUUGCAGCCAGGCAGACACUGUGCUGUGUAUUUUACUGUCCUCAGCACAGCGGCUUCUACAUCUCUGCUCCCAGGCCGACACAUUGGGGAAAAAGAGAGAGGGAAACCAUCAAUCUUCCCAGUUGCACAUGUCAGCAGUGAUUCCUUCCCCCUUCCUGUUGGCUGUCUCUCUCACCACCUGUGUUUAGAAUUAGCACUGAAGCUGCUGCCCAGAUGAAUAAGAACCACUGUCCUUGUCACCUGCCCUGGUAUGGGCCACCACUUCUCAAUGAAACAAGUAUAUCAAGCAGUCAGUUAUCUUUAGCAUGAGCAGUGUAAGAGAAUCACACACCCCUUAGAAGUUUAUUGUAACAUAAAAUUAAAAUUUUAGGCCAUACAUUCAGUGAAUCAAAGGGGUAAAACAAAUAAUUUCUUGAGUGCCUUGCUAUCUUCUCAUAAUCUCCCUCUGAAGUACAUAUGGCUGAAGUUAAUCGACCUGGGUUCAAGUUGUGGCUCCGCUAUUUACUAGGUAUGGACCACUCAUUUAACCCUUCUGUGCCUCAGUUCCUUCAUCCUUGUGAAACAAGUACCUCAGAGUUUUUAUGAGGAUCAAAUGAGAUAAUACAUUUAUAGCUCUUGCUAUAAUGCUUCCCAUUUAGUAAGCACUCAAUAAAUGUUAGCUAUUAUUACCAUUAACCUCGUUGUCCAAAUAAUAAAACUGAGUUUCAGAGAGGUUACAUAAUUUGCAAAAGGUGCUAGGAGGCAUAGAAGGAUUUUGAACCUAGCACUGUCUGAUCCUCAAAACUCAAGUCCUUUAGAUUACACUACAUUGUUUCUAUUUUAGUUUCAUUUUACAAAUUACUUAAUAUCUGAACUUAAUAAAUCAUUUAACAUUGUCUGUCUUAAUUUCCCAUUAUUUAAAAUGAAAAUGGUAAUAACCAACAUUCCUGUUAGUAUGAGACUCUUUUAGUUACAUAUCAACUAAUUCAAUCAGACCACCAUAUGCCGAAAAACUAGGCCGAUUUUUCUUUUGAGACAGGAUCUUGCUCUGUUGCCCAGGCUGGAGUAUGGUGGCACAAUCAUUGCUCACUGCAGCCUCAAUGUCCAGGCUCAAGCAAUUCUCCCACCUCAGCCUCCUGAGUAGCUGGUACUACAGGCAUGUGCUAGCAUGCCUGGCUAAUUUUCCUGUAUUUAUUUAUUUAUUUUUAUUUUUUUUCUGGUAGAGACAGGAUCUCCCUAUGUUGACCAGGCUGAUUUCAAUCUCCUGGCUCAAGUGAUCCUCCCACAUCGGCCUCCCAAAGUAUUGGCAUUACGAGUGUGAGCCACUGCAUCUGGCCCAGGCUUAUUUUUAAAAUUUGGUGACAGAAAAAUGACAUGCGUUUUUUAAAAAGUUAAACAAUACAAAAAGUCAAAAAGGAAGUCAUUACUCCCAUUUCCUUGUAUAACCACUAGUAAGUUAGGUAUGUAGGCUGUCUUCCUUGUCAGCAUUUAUCUAUUUAACAAAUGUCUAUAUAGAACCUUCAGGGGAGUACUGUCAUUCCUCCCAUUUCACAGCUAAGGAAGUUCCGUGAUUUGUACAAGGAAGCACAGCCGGUGCACAAGAAGGCUGGCACUGGACUCACAUGUCUGACUCUAGAUUUGGGCUCCUCACCUCCACCCUGUGCCAAUUCUCAGUACUUAACAGGACCUACCUUCAUAUCUAUUCCAUAGUAUUUCAUUAUAUAAAAAGAAAACUAUAACUUAUUUAGUAUUUCCCCGAGUGAUGGACAUUAGUUGCUUAUAAUUCUUUUUUUUUUUUUUCAACUUUAAAGUUCAAGGCUACAUGUGCAGGAUAUACAGAGUUGUUACAUAGGUAAAUGUGUGCCACGGUGGUUUGCUACACAGAUCAUCCUGUCACCUAAGUAUUAAGCCCAGCAUCCAUUAGCUAUUCUUCCUGAUGCUCUCCCUCUCCAACCUGACAGGCCUCAGUGUGUGGUGUUCCCCACCAUGUGUCCAUGUGUUCUCAUCAUUCAGCUCCCACUUACAAGUGAGAACAUGUGGUAUUUGGUUUUCUGUUCCUGGGUUAGUUUGCUGAGAAUCAUGUCUUCCAACUCCAUCUAUGUCCCUGCAAAGGAUAUGAUCUCAUUCCUUCCUAUGGCUGCAUAGAAUUUCAUGGUGUAUAUGUACCAGUAUAAUUCUUUUGUAAUUAAAUAAUCAGGGGGAACACCAGAUCUUCUUACAUUCUUGUGUGAGUAUUUCUAUAGGACAGAUUUCCAUACAUUGAAUGGUUGGGUCAAAAUAAAAUAAAAUUUUGAUCUCCAGAUAUGGUUAGAUUACUGAGAGCUUAUUCUGUGCCAGGGUUAUACUAAUAAACUUGUCACAGUCCUCCUAACCACCCUCUGAGAUAGGUACUAUUAUUAUCCCUAUUUUGUACAUGUUCAAAGCCACAUAAGUAACUGGGCAAAGUCUUGAAUCCCGGCAGUGUGGCACUAGAUUCUGCUUCUCAGCCAUGGUUUAUAACCAAGCUAGUUAUCACAAUCAUAUUUUAGUGCUUGGUUUUGUCAUUCUUCUAACUUACUAUAAGGCUGAGUUAACAACCUGAGCUGACAGAAGGGUCUGAUGAUGCAAAUGUGGUUGGAACACCCUGUAGUCUUAUAUCAGUCUACAGGUUGGAUGAGAAAGGGAGCCAUGAUUAGCUGGAACAUGAGACUUAUUUGCUCUUGGAAGAGGUGAAAUAACAGUCAAAAAAAAUCCCUUUUUUGUAAACUAUUUUAUGCCAGGAAACUAACUUUAGAAAUGUGUUUUCCUGUUUGGAUUGUGGGUACUUUGUAAGAAAUUCACACUGUCUCUCAAAGGUUCAGAACACUUGAGAUAGUCAGGGAAUUAUAUCAUACAUUAUAUAUAAGAAUUACUGGCAUCUCAGCUUCACUUAGCCAAGGCCACAUGAUAUUAGUCCAGGUCUUGGCCAACCAACUGAGCUAACCAUGAGACCCACUUACAGUGCUCGAGUGUUGAAUCCAGACUUUCUGGUAGGAAAGAUCAGAAGGAAGUAGGGAGUUUGCCAAGCAGGGACAUGGGUAAAAACAGUAUCUCUAUGCAGAGAUAAUUUUGUCUCCAAUCCAUUACUGAUGUUGAACACUCCUCAGUGGUAUUACUUCCUUGGUGAUGUCCAGGCUAUAUAUGCUUUCUGAAUCCCUGAGCCAUAGAGAUUUAUGGAAUUGGACUUUGCCAAGUAAGUCUACCUAGCCAUCGAAGAUAGCAUGCCUACUUGUUGUCACAGGUGUCUUCUCUCACCAGCAUAGAGGGUACGACCACAGCGUCAUAAUCUUCUGUCCUUCGUGGCUGCCGCAUGUAAUAUCCAAACUGCUGGGAGCCAAAGGGGCCUCUGCCUAUACAUGAUUAAAUCAUUGCAUUAGAGAUUUCAUUACCUUGAAAUGUAAAUUACUAGCAAGUGAACUUACUCUUCACAUUUUUAGUCCUUUUAUUUGUGUGUGUGUGUUUCAGUGUUUCCUAGCAGGUUGGCAGCUUUGGAAGAUAAUUAUGUAGCAGUUGGCUUAGAACAGUGGUUUCUCAUUCAUGGCUUCAUGUUAGAAUCACCUGGGGAGCUUUUAAAACUCCCAUUGCUCAUGCCAAAUCCCAGACUGAUUAAAUCAGAAUCUCUGGGGGUGGUGCCCAGGCAUCAGUAUUUUUUAAAGCUCCCAAGUCAUUGCAGUGCAGCCAAGAUUGAGAACUGUUGGCUUAGAAAGGACCUUCUCUUUUUCAUUCAUAAUGUUUUUAUCUGUACCUCAUUUUCUGCAGUUGAAGUGAAUUUUAAGAAUAGAUUAUUGUUGCCCAAAAACCUCGCUCAAACUUUAGCAUACAUCAGAAUCACUGAAGAGGCUUGUUAAAGCCCGGGUCGCAUAAAUAUUCUCAUUUCUUCUGGGAUAAGCCCCACUCUUAGAAUUCCUGAUUUAGUAGGUCUGGGUUGGAACCCAAGACUGCAUUUUUAACAAGUUCCCAAGCCAUGAUGCUACUUCUGGUACUGGAAACGCACUUUGAGAGCCUCUGUUCUAAUCCCUUCCUCUCACUUCUUUCUGCUCUUUACUUUUCCACCAGCGGUGGCCAGGGCUGCUGCCUCUGACAGUCCGUACAAUAUCAAUAAGAAAGGCAAUUAAUGCAUGAGGAUGUUUAACCUGUUACUCCACCUCAAAGUAAUCAUACAAUCUAACUAAAAAGAAUUUACUGUAUAUGCAAAUACAGCCUCCUCUGCAUGCAUAAUUGCUCCCCUUAAGUCCUUUCUAAUACAAAAUCAAAGCCACCACUGAAUAGAUUUCUGGUGUCCAAAAUGGACCUCGGAUUCCACUUUCCCACAGAAACAAUUUUAUGGAUGCUGGUUAGGUACAGCUGAAAUCAUGCUAUUAAAACCAUUCUUCAAGAAUAUUGUAGGCUCAGAGAGACUUUGAUGGUCUGCUUCCCAUUUAAAGAACCCAAUUUCUGAGUUUCAAAGAACCAAUUUUUAAACAAACUCCUAGAACGUAACUUGUUUAACAUUUGCCUGCAACUGAAACAUUUGACUUAUUUUCUUUAUAGUUAUUUUACCCUUUAUAUUUGGAACUAAAGUAUGGGAGAAAGGAUUUGUCAUGAUUCAGUUAACAUUUAUUAGGGGACCACAACAUACCCGGCACUGUGCUAUUUACUGGGUAUAUAAAGAAGGAAAAGAUAGUCCCUGCCCUAGAAGAGCUCAUAUUCUAGGUGGGAAAAUAUAUCUAUGGAGCAAAUAAAAAAAUAUUUACCAAGUUAUCGAUGUGAUAUGUGCAAUAAUGAAGAAUUGAUGAAGGAGGCAUCUGUUCUUCUGAGUGAGAGAGAGAAAGAGAGACAUUGAUGGUGUGUGUGGUGGAGCAUGGACCAGGUGUGGGUGUGUUUGGUAGGAGGAAGAAGCAUGUUUAAGAGUCUCAGAAUCAGUGAGAGAUUGUUAGGGCUUAAUGACCAAGGAGAGUUCCCCAUGCAGAAAAGAGGUUAAAGGGCAUUCUAGGAUGGUGGAAGAGUGUGAAUGCAGAGGGGAGUACUCUACAGAAGAAAGGCAAGUAGUCAGCUGAGUUCCCCAGGUGGUGUGAUUGGAGAAUGACUGGGAAGGGCAUUGACCACCCCACAAAGUCAGAGUCUUGUUUCAGAGGAAGAAAUGAGAAGAGUUAUGCUAAGUCAGCAUAUGUGAUAUUUGCACCUCUAUCCCAUAUUUUAGUAUCUUUCUUCUCCUGUAUAUUCCCCAAUACCCUGAGGAAGACAGUUUCAAUUUCAACAAAAUAUUAAUACUUUGAAAAUGUCUGAAAUCGGUUUUCAGACUGUGCUCUGAGAAGCCCCCUUUGUGCUUGACUGGGGUGAGGUCAAAAGAGCAGUCAGGGACCCACCAGAGCUCCCCCACUGACUCUGCUAUUAUCCAUCCACCUCUCAAGCUUUUCUUUGGACAAUUCCACUUAUUAGGCACAUCUAAGAAUAUUAUAUUUGAAAAAGGGUACACAGUUAGAAAAGUAUUAAAACCAGUGUAAUUAAUCCUCGCAUGUUUAGUAACAGUCUGACGACUUGGUGUGGGUAGCCACAUAUCUCAGCUGCUGGCCAAAGGAUAAAUGUUCUCAGAUAAUCAGCUGAAGAGAGGAAUCAGGCAGGUGUCAAUGUGGAUGUGUGAGCAGUGAUAAUUGUUGGUAUGAUAAGCCUUUAGUUGGCCACAAGAGAUAAUGAAAAUAUCAUAUACCCCCAGAAUGAACACUUGAAAAUCAAUGUUAGAAUUUUCUUAUGAAGGCUGGGUGCAAUUGCUCACACCUGUCAUCCCAGAACUUUGGGAGGCCAAGGCAAGAGGAUCACUUAAGGCUAGGAGUUUGAGACCAAUCUGGGCGAGAUAGCAAGACCUUGCCUCUACGAGAAAUUUAAAAAAUUAGCCAGGGUAUGUGCCACACUGCCUUGCCUGGGCACUGAUACCUGAACACUGAGUUUGGGCCCAUGGAGAUGAACCCUUUAACUAAGGUGAAGCUGAUCAAUGAGCUGAAUGAGCGAGAGGUCCAGCUUGGGGUGGCCGAUAAGGUGUCCUGGCACUCCGAGUACAAGGACAGUGCCUGGAUCUUCCUGGGAGGGCUUCCUUAUGAGCUGACUGAAGGGGACAUCAUCUGUGUGUUCUCACAGUAUGGGGAGAUUGUUAACAUUAAUCUCAUGUGGGACAAGAAGACUGGGAAAUCCAAAGGAUUCUGUUUCCUCUGCUAUGAAGACCAGAGGAGCACAAUUCUGGCCAUUGACAAUUUUAAUGGGAUCAAGAUCAAAGGAAGAACUAUCCGAGUGGAUCAUGUGUCUAACUAUUGCGUUCCUAAGGACUCAGAAGAAAUGGAUGAUGUGACCAAAGAGCUCCAGGAGAAGGGCUGUGGGGCUCGUACCCCCUCACCAAGUUUGUCUGAGAGCUCUGAAGAUGAAAAACCAACAAAAAAGCGCAAAAAAAGACAAAAAGGAAAAAAAGAAAAAGAGACAACUGACUGGGAGGUACAGGCAGAGCAACCAUCCUCUUCGUCACCCAGAAGCAAGACAGUAAAGGAAGAGGACGACCCUGGCCCUAAGAAGCACAGCAGCAAGAACUAGGAGAGAGCUCAGAAGUCAGUGCCUAGGGAGGGGCGGAAGCUCCCCAAGGCCAGGACUGCCUACUCUGGUUGGGCAGAGAACCGAGAGAGGGAGCUGAAGAAUGAGAAACCCAAGCACGAGCACAGGUCCUCAAGCAGGAGGGAGGCAAGAGAAGAAAAGACCAGGGAUAAGGACAGAGGGCGGAGCUCAGGCACACUUUCUAGCCUGUACAACGGGCGUUCUGAAGGGCGUAGUCAUAGAAGUAGAGGUAGGAGCCGAGAUAAAUCCCAUAGGCAUAAAAGGACCCAGCGCUGCCGGGAGCAGGAGUCUUUGAAUUCCAGUGACUGUAGGCGUCACUGAAGACUGUUCAGCUGCUCGGUAGAUUUGGAAAUAAUUAUGUUUUUUAAAUGCAGUCAAAUUCAGUUGGAUUGUUACUAUUUUUGUAUCUAAAACUCCUGGGGCUGGAUUCUUUUAACCCCUUGAGUAUUAGAGUCAUUGAGAGGGCUGCAGCUACAUAUCCUGGAUAUUCUUCGUACCAUUCAUUGUCCCUGAACCAGAGUACGUGCCCUGAAUGUUGAUUCAUAAAUAUGGCUCUUGAACCUGUAGACCCAAUUGAAGAUGGAAUUUUCAGGAAAGGGAAAAUACCAGAUAAUUCUAGAAUUCUAGUUUUGUGUUUGAUGUUUAGAGCUCAGCAUCGUGGGACCUUUCCAGUUACUAGGUUUGGACAGCUUGAUGUGAAUGAAUGGGAUAGGAUUUUUAAGAUCAACCAGCUCCAUGCCCAAAACCUCCUGUUUAAAAAAAUGUUUAAUGUAUUUUCUUUUUCAUUACAACUUUUUUGUUUGAUAGGCCUCUUUCCAAAUUUUUUCCUUGCAAUGUAUUUAUUAUUUAUUUGUAUUGAGGUGAAAUUCACAUAACAUAAAGUUAACCAUUUUAAAGGGAACAAUUCAGUGACAUUUGGUACUAAACAUCCACAAUGUUGUGUAACCAUCGCCUCUGUCUAGUUCCAAAACAUUUUUUAUCAUCCCAAAAUGAAACCCUGUACCCAUUAAACAAGAACUCUCCAUUUCCUCCCUCCUCCCCAUCCCUAGCAACCACCAACUGACUUCCUGUUUAUGGGUUUGCCUAUUCUGGAUAUUUCAUAUAAAUAGAAUUAUACCAAAAAAAAAAAUUAGCCGACAUAGUUGUGUGUGCGUCUAGUCCCAGCUACUUGGGAGGGUGGGUGGACUGCUUGAGCCUAGGAGUUUGAGGCUGCAGUGAGCUCUGAUCGUCCACAGUA